UCGAGCCGAGCAGUCGACAGACGCCGCAGCAACACACACGGAAAAGAAAGAAGGACGGCGAGAAGUUGAGCAACGGCGGCCGCUAGUUUGCGGCAUGUUCAACCUGCGGCAGCCUCCGUUUCAAAACACCGACCCAGCAACUGUUUGAUUGCCCCCCCCGCUCCCUUGCCCACCCCCCCUCGCUGGCUUUAUUCCCUCCGCCUUUUCUUGCCCUCUACAGCUCAUGUAAAGAAAGCUCUCGGCAGCGCAAUGAUGUGGACCUCUCAUGAUACCGCUGGAUUUAUUUUCUUGGCUGGGUUUUGUGUGCAUUUCGGAUUCUCCUUUGAAGGUCGCUUCACUGAUCUACCCUCUAACAUGACGGUUAAAGAGGGACAAAACAUAGAGAUGGCGUGCGCGUUCCAGAGCGGAACCACGUCAGUUUAUUUGGAGAUCCAGUGGUGGUUCGUGAAAGCGCCGGAACCCACUGAGGCCGCCGACGAUGUGGAUACCGAAGAGAUGGAGAUAACACCGGAGCCUCAUCCCGAUGACGAGGGGACAAAAAUAAGUACAGUCAAAGUGCAGGGCAACGAUAUCUCCCACAAGCUACAGAUCUCCAGAGUCGGCAAGAGUGACGAGGGCUUGUACGAGUGCCGUGUGACACAAGCCAACUACGGAGAGAUUGUGGAUUACAAAGCCCAAGCUUGGCUGAGGGUCAAUGCAUCCGCCAGAGCCAGACGUCCAUUGCAACCCCCCAAGAAAAGCUCUCCUCUGCACCUGACAGACAAGAAACCGAGAAAGUCCGUCUCAUCUUUGGGUCACGACAGCAUGAGCUCAGAUCAGAAAGUGGACUCCUCAUCUUCUUCUCACACGUCCUCUAAUGCGGAUCAACACACCCCCAGCUCAGGUACAAGAAUAUCAGCCUGCUACCGACUUGUUGUCAUCCUUCUGGCUUACGGUUUGGUGAGGGAGGCCUUGUUAUAAUAUGCAGAGGGGAUAUGUAUGAGGAACUGACUCGGUUGAAACCAGAUUUCACAUUCUCUCUGUUUGCUCUUAAAGUGAACAAGAGAUUUGCUUGUUUUAUGUCCUCCUCCAACACCACCAUGCGGACUUCACAGUAUAGCCUCAUUUCCCAGCCACUACAAGCUCUUGCACGGAGCACAUUAUUAUUAGCCACUAGAAAAAAAUAUAUCUAUAUCUGCCUCCUUGGAAUCAAAUGGAUUACCUUUGGUAUAAAGGUCAUCUUUAAAAUCACCCAAGGUGCAAUGCUCCAAUGUGAAAAUGGACUCCUGUUAGAUAACUCACAUGGAGGAAUCACUUUCUUAUGGUUUCGCUGUUCCGGGCUCAUGUGUUCAUUGGUGAAAAUGAACAAGGAAAAAUAAGAAUCUAUAUUUGUGUUAUAAAUAUAUAUAUAUAUAUGAAAUUAUAUAUACAUUGUUUUAUUUUAAACACCUAGAGUUAAUGUUUGUGCCGUAAACGUAGCUCACACUGACACCUGAUGGUCCCUGCCUUUCAUUGUGAAUAGGCCCCUUUCAACAACUUUAAAAAAAAAAAAAGAUCAAGCGACUUUCAUUUUUGACUGUUACCAUUCGCCUUCAUUUAUUUCAUUUGUCUUUAAGCUGUUCAAAUGAUCUCGUGCGCAUACAUUUACAUCUCGUUUGUGAUUCAAAUGUGCAUGCUUGUUGAUCAAGGCCUAAAAGGGGAGGAGUGUAACGACAUUAUUUGAACAUGAGUCAGCACUUGGAGUUCAGUGUUUCAGUACUUGAGAUUUUGCUUUAUUUCGAUGUGCUAGCUUUGAUGUGACAAAAAAAAAAAACGAAAACAUGUCUUUGCCAUUUUUAUUUGUAUUGCACCCUCUGAAUGAAUAAAAUGGAUGUCACAA